AUGUUUGCAAGAUUAGCCUUAAAGUGGGCUCAAGCAUGGGAAUUAACAGAAGUGGAGAUUGAAGGAGAUUGUAGUUUGGUGAUUAAUCCAUCAAAAGUUUCAGUUGACGUUGAAGCUAUUUUGGGAGAUAUUCAGGCAUAUAUAAAACUACAUGAUCGAUGGAAGAUUGGUUGGGUGAAGCGGCAGGCAAAUGUUUUGGCUCAUAGUCUUGCCCAGUAUGCUAUGCAGAGAAGAGAAACUAUCCUGGUCAGACUCUCGGUAAAAUCACUACUUCGAUUAAGAAUUAACCGUUACUCAAUACGUUAUGAUGAUGUAUCUUUUAACGAGUAUUUUGAGCCGCAGCUUCCCUCACGCAUUCGCAAAAAAUCUUUAUGUGUGCACGGCUCCUGUAAUGGCCUCGUAUGCUUGUCUAAUGUAUUAUGUAGUGGCACUAUAUACUUAUGGAACCCAUCACUUAGAAAACUAAAGACCCUCCCUAAUUCUCCAGAUAUAAAAUCUCCAAUUAUCUACUCCAAUUUGGUUUAUUAUAGCAUCUGUUUGGCAUUUGGGUUCCACCCCAAAGUUAAUGACUACAAGGUUGUGAAAAUUUGGUGUUUGGUGUAUGAGAUGGAUGAGCCCUACAAAUAUCAAUUCCUAACUGACGUUUAUAGUCUAAGCACCGACUCUUGGAGAAGAAUUGAUGUUACCCCUUCAUGUUAUUCAUUUUAUCGGAAUCCAGCAAUUGUCAAUGGUGCUGCUUAUUGGGUUGCAACGAAGAAAACUUCGGAGGGUAGUUGUGAAAAAUUGCUUAUGCGUUUCGAAAUGGGUGAUGAAGUUUUUGAAGAGGUAAUGCUACCGGAUGGGGUUACAAAUUGUUGUGCCGAAAUAGCAGUUUUGGGGGAAUUACUGUAUCUUAUCUGA